AGGUCUUUCGAAGUAAACAAAGCUGGCAUGUCUAACAUAAUAACCUAAAACUCUAAAAUUCACAUAUAUCAACAAUUAUGUUUCUAUUUUCAAAAUAAUAUGGAAAAUAUGUAAUUGACCGCAGACAUAGGGUAUUCCUACACGCAUAAUUUCCAAAGGCCGUGAGACUUACAACUUCAUACCUAACAACUUUAAGAUGAAUCCCGUAAUGAUAAUAUUCCGAGAUGGCAAUAGAAAGGAUCCAUAUACAGAAUUUCAACUGGUACCUACAUCCGUUUUAUCGGUGAAAAUGCUUGUGGAUUUUGGGGCUGGACUUUUAGGCGGAGCUGCCGGUGUCCUUGUCGGCCACCCCUUCGACACUGUGAAGGUUCACAUGCAAAUGGAUGAUCCUCAUAACCCCAAAUAUAAAGGAACCUUUCACUGCCUGAAAACUAUAAUACAAAAGGACGGUGUCAGGGGAUUGUACCGCGGCAUUACCAGUCCCAUUGGUGGCAUCGGAUUCGUGAAUGCCAUCGUCUUCGGGGUCUAUGGAAAUGUGCAACGUUUAUCCCCCGAUCCCGAUUCACUGAUGUCCCACUUCUAUGCCGGCUCCGUCGCCGGUGUGGCUCAGAGUUUCGUCUGCGCGCCGAUGGAACUGGCCAAGACGAGGCUUCAGUUGGCAACGCAAAUCGAUACUGGCAUCAAGUUCAGAGGACCCAUUCACUGCCUCACGCAUAUUUUAAGAACGGAGGGCAUAAGGGCCACCUACAAGGGAUUACUAGCUACCAUUUUAAGAGAUAUUCCAGGAUUCGCCAGCUACUUCGUAUCUUACGAGUUCCUCAUGCGUCAGAUGGAGACGCCAAGCAUAGCGUAUACCCUGACAGCAGGGGGAAGUGCCGGAUGUGCGUCCUGGCUAUUCUGCUAUCCCAUCGAUGUGGUAAAAACGCACAUGCAGGCUGAUGCCUUGGGCAAGGAAGCCAAGUACAAUGGAUUCAUAGACUGUGCAAUAAAAGGCUUUAGAAGUGACGGGCUGCAAUAUUUCUUCCGAGGACUGAACUCGACGCUAAUUAGAUCAUUUCCCAUGAACGCUGCCUGCUUUUUAGUGGUAUCUUUGGUGCUGAAUUUUUUCAACGCCAAGGAUGGCAUGGAUUCCAUAGAUCACAUCGCCGAGCAGCCAUUAAACGUCGUAACCUUGGAAAAUACAAAGCAAACGGACUUCGAUACCACCGCCCCGUCGACUGUUGAGGAAGUUGUGCGAAAAAUAAUCACGGAAAACGCGAUAUCACCUCAUCAUCACCAGUAUGUGUCCACUCCGAAGGAUGCCGCUCACAGUCAGUUUACAAGCAACAGCAACACAAUUAACAUUUCCAAAGAAUCAAAAAAAAGUUUGGCCUCCGAUUGUAAUUUAAAAUAAAAUUUCAGUUUUUAUACCCGGUAACCAUAGAAUACAAGGUAUUAUACCUAGCAUAGUGCCAACCGAGAAUGUAUAUAACAGGCAGAAGCAAACAUCACUGAACCCUUAAAUUAUAUUUGGCAAUUAUUAUAAACAUCAAA